AUGAGCCAACUACUCACGGCGCGGCAGGCGGAGGAGCUUCACAAGUCGGUCAUCGCUUACCUGGCCUCCGCAAAUCUCACACGGAGCUCCGCAGCACUGCGAGAGGAGCUCGGCGACUCGGUUACCGUUGACGACACGACACUGAAGAAAUAUGAGGGUUUACUGGAGAAGAAAUGGACUAGUGUAGUCCGGCUACAAAAGAAGAUUAUGGAUCUGGAAUCACGAUGCGCCUCCCUGCAGACAGAGCUGGACACCGCUACCCCCACGUCGCUUUCACGACGAAACCAGGACCCCGUUUCCUGGCUACCUCGAGCCCCCGCUCGCCACGAUCUCGAGUCGCACCGAGAACCCGUCACCUGCGUCGCAUUUCACCCCGUUUUCUCCUCGGUCGCAUCCGGCUCAGACGACACAACGAUUAAGAUCUGGGAUUGGGAACUGGGGGAGCUAGAGCGCACAAUCAAGGGCCACACGAGGGCAGUACUAGAUGUGGAUUACGGCGGUCCGCGAGGGGGCACUCUCCUUGCAUCAUGCUCGUCCGAUUUGAGCAUCAAGCUGUGGGACCCCGCCGACGAGUAUAAAAAUAUCCGAACGCUCCCCGGACAUGACCACAGCGUGUCGGCAGUCCGAUUCAUUCCAUCGGGUGCCGCAGGGUCCCCAAUGGCCGGUAACCUGUUGGUGUCUGCUUCUCGGGACAUGACGUUAAAAAUAUGGGAUGUCACAACUGGAUACUGCGUGAAGACAUUAGAUGGACAUGCUGGCUGGGUACGCGAUGUAUCGCCAUCGCCGGAUGGCAGAUUCCUCUUUUCUGGUGGAGAUGACCGAGUUGCGCGACUCUGGGAUGUCUCCUCGGGAGAAACCAAGGCCACAUUCUUAGGUCAUGAACAUUACAUUGAAAGUGUUGCCUUCGCGCCUCCCUCGUCCUAUCAAUAUCUCUCGUCUCUUGCCAACUACAAGAAGCCCCCGCCCGUUUCGUCAUCUGCCGAAUUUGUUGCAACAGGUGGUCGUGACAAAAUAAUCAAUCUCUGGGAUGCCCGCGGUAACCUGAUCAAGACCCUGGUUGGUCAUGACAACUGGAUCCGAAGCCUGGUCUUCCAUCCUGGAGGAAAAUAUCUCAUCUCGGCCUCUGACGACAAGACGAUACGGUGCUGGGACUUCACGCAAGAAUGCAAGUGCGUGCGUACGAUUCAAGCCCACGAUCACUUCAUUAGCUCCAUGCGCUGGGCACCACCGUUGAUCAAAGACGCUGGUGCCAAUGGAGACGCUGGUGCCAACAGCAGCGCAGAUGCAGCAAAUGGACCCAAGGAGGAUCCUAAUACUCCAGCCAAGAUGUCUAUCCGAUGUGUGCUCGCAACGGGAAGCGUGGAUCUCAAAGUCAAGAUUUUUGCAUCGUGA